AUGGAGCAUUCGGCGAACCUGUUGGCCGGUGGGGCGGAUGACACCAGCACGAAAGCGGCGCCCGCCGUGGGUGGGCCACCCGGUGCGGUGGGUCAUCCGUGCCCGCAGCUCCGGCCAGCAAUCGGGAAUGCAAGUGAUGCGGUAGUCUGUGAUAGAAGUAACGUGGUUACUAUGGAUGAAGCUGGUGAAACCUUACCACUGUCCGGACGUUCGUUGGAUGCGGAGCUGGCGGAGGAUAACUGCACCGAUACGGACGAUCAGAACAGUAAUUAUCUAAGCAUUAGCAAUAGUCGUAGCAGCAGCUGCUUUGACCUACCUGGCGAGUGCUCCCCGAUGAUGGGCGCCACGCGAUUGCCGGUGUCGAAAGCGGACGAAAGUCGGAUAACGCUGGUGAACGAAAGGUACACAAAAUCGGUACCGGCCACCGUACUGGCGCAAUCCCCUAGGCCGGUUGCAGUUGGUGGGUGUGGUAAACUUUCCGGGUCAACGCAACGGCUCGAUUGCGACGCCGAAGACGCCGAAGAGGAGGAUGACGAUGAGGAGGAGGAUUCGUCAAUGCUGACGCAUUCGGCCGCAACGACGGCAACCGUUUCGUCCAACAAAUCCCGUCUACUAGUGGCCUCGGAACAGCAGCCCGGUUGCUCCAGCAGCAGAGCGCCGGAUGCGGGCGUUUGCUGUAACAUAGUGGACAAUCCGGUCAGCGAUGCGGCCACGGUGGAUGUCGGUAGUACGGGUAAUAGCGCACCGGAUGGUACGCGCACACCAGCCGCCACGGGAACGGCCAAUGGGGCUGCCGGUGGCAGUGGAAAUCCGCACAGCCGUGUCACGACGACACCCUCAAACUUAAGCAACUGCAGUGGCCUACCGACCGUCACCGUGGUGCAGCUGAAGCAGAGCAAAAAUCUCAUCUACUUCCUGCGAUUGAUCUUCAAUCACUGUAAGAGCUCCGGUAUAGGAGAACCGAGCGUUUAUCAUGCCUUAGUAGUCAUAUUUUUGGAAUUUUUCGCCUGGGGACUCUUAACGAUGCCUGUCAUAAAUGUCCUCAAUCAAACCUUCCCAGAUCACACCUUCCUAAUGAACGGGUUGGUAAUGGGCAUAAAGGGCAUACUAUCAUUCCUGAGCGCUCCACUGAUUGGUGCCCUUUCGGACGUGUGGGGCCGGAAGUUCUUUCUGCUAAUUACGGUGUUCUUCACCUGCGCUCCGAUCCCACUUAUGUCGAUCAACUCGUGGUGGUUCUUCGCAAUGAUCUCAAUCAGCGGUGUGUUCGCGGUAACGUUUUCCGUUGUGUUUGCUUAUGUCGCAGACGUUACGACGGUGGAGGAUCGGUCACGAGCGUAUGGUCUGGUGUCAGCCACCUUUGCCGCAAGUUUGGUUAUUUCACCCGCACUCGGAGCUUACCUGAACGACAAAUACUCGGAACCGUUAAUUGUAGCCCUGGCCACUGCAAUCGCUGUGCUGGAUGUGUUCUUCAUUCUGGUGGCGGUGCCGGAAAGUUUACCGGAAAAAGUACGACCCAGCUCCUGGGGAGCCCCGAUCAGCUGGGAACAGGCAGAUCCGUUUGCAGCGCUCCGUAAAGUUGGUCUGGAUCAAACGAUUCUGAUGCAGUGUGUUACGGUGUUGCUCUCCUAUCUGCCAGAAGCGGGACAAUAUUCGUGCAUUUUCGUCUACCUGAAACUGAAAAUGCAUUUCAGCUCGAUCGAUGUAUCGAUCUUUAUUGCUGUCGUCGGUAUACUAAGUAUACUGACGCAGGUCAUCCUAGGUGAUCUAAUGAAGGCACUUGGUGCAAAGCGUACAAUAAUAAUAGGAUUACUGUUCGAAAUGUUACAACUGCUUUGGUAUGGUUUUGGCAGUCAGACAUGGAUGAUGUGGGCAGCAGGUAUCCUUGCUUCAUUAGCGUCAAUUACGUAUCCGGCGAUCAGCGCAUUUGUGUCGAUACAUUCCAACCCGGACCAACAAGGGGUGGUCCAGGGUAUGGUGACAGGGAUGCGCGGUUUGUGCAACGGUCUAGGGCCAGCGAUGUUCGGCGUCAUCUUCUACGUAUUUCACGUCGACCUGAACGACGAGCAUAACGUUGCGAGCCAUAGUCUUAACGGUGCCGCGAUUGGAGCGGUGGCGGGCGGCGGAGUUUUUGAUGGGUCCGAUGCAAAGUUUGUGCGCAACGAGACGCUACUCGGGGGCUCGGCGCACCAUCGCAUUGAGGACGAGUACUCACAGCUUAUGCCGGGCCCUCCGUUCGUGUUCGGGGCACUAAUGGUUAUAUGUGCCAUCGCCGUGGCCGCGUUCAUUCCGGAGACGCCCAGCGAUGCCAUCCGGCGGCCAUCGGGUGAGAAGAAAAGGUUGUCGUUGGAUGUCGAUUAUGAAUACGAGCGUGGGCGUAAGGUAGCGGGCCCACUGUCACCACUGAUGCACCAGGACUCUGCUCAGCUAUAGUUGUGUUAAAAGAAACUUAGCACCCGCUGCACGUUGGUGUGGUGUUAUGCGCUCGAUAUAAUCCUAAUCGUCGUCAUCAUUAGUUUGUACAAUCUAGUGUA